AUGGAAAUAUAUAAAUCACAAGAAAAUGCCUUAGUAAAAAAACAUCAUGUACAAAAUAAUUUAGAGAAAAAAUUAUGUAUAACAACAACUGAUCUUUCUCAAUUACUUAAUCAUGUUCUUAAACUUGAUCGUCUUAAACGAAUCAUUGAUAUGAUGGCAACAAUUAAAAAUUAUAUACAUUUACAUCCAAUAAAUACAUUCAAUGCACUCAAAGUAUUGAAACUUGAAUUCGAUUUUAAUAAUUAUGAUAUGAAAUUUUUACGUGAUUUAAAACUAUUAAGUGAUACAUGA